AUGGCAGAUGGCAAAAAACAGCGCAGUGCUAGGCUGGUGAAUUUAGCUCUUAAUCAAAUAGAGACAGAUAACAGCUCCCUGAACACUUCGAAUAGGGCAAAAUUAUUCACUGGCCAAAAUUGGACCAGGAGACGAGCCAAGGUAUUAUCAAAACAUUUUGAAUGUGAGACUCAUACAGAAUCUUGCAAUGCAUUAGACCAUGCAGAAUCUAUAAUUCACAAUAUUCAGCAUUCAAAAAGGGAUGUCACUUCGCCUCAUUUAAAAAAACUGGAAUUGUCCAUUCCUAUUUUCCAUGAAUCUACUGUAAGAGAAUUCGCGCAAUCUGCAAUGCAAUUUACAUCAACAUCUGGCCCAUCACGAAGUUGGAUUAGUCAAAAUAAAAUAAUGAAUCCUAAAUUAAUGGUCAUGGAUAUUGUAGAAAAGGAUAACCCUAUAUCAGAUAAUUCACAGGGAACUAUUUUUAAUCUUCUACUUCCAAUAGAAAGACAAUUAACAGAAUUAGAAUUAACAGACAUCAUCGGAACCACUUCAGAACAUGAAAAUAUCUCAAACAGAUCUGAAAAUGAAAACUUACCCAUAUCAGAUGAACAACUACUACAAAUUCUUGAAGACCCUGAUGAGAAUUAUGACGACGAUAUUUUUGAUGCUGAUUUCAAUGAGAAUAUGAAUCAUUCUGACAAUGAUAGCGACACAUCAAUUGUAAGUGAAGACGAAUUAGUCCUAUUAGAAAUACUGAGGAAGAUCAAGAACGGUCAAAUCACUAUAGACAGACUAGAAGAAUUAAUUUUGAAGGAAAUCCUGUAG